AUGCCAGCAGGAUCUUUCAGACCUGAUCGCUCAGUUCUGCAUCCGCAGCUAGCAGUUCGCAAACACGCCUUUGAAGAUCGGGUAGACGUUACCCGCCGAAUGAAGCUAUUCAAAUGGUGUCUCCUUUUCUCUCUCCUCGGCGCAGUCGGUGCCUUCAAGACGAAUACUUCGGACGAGGAAACAAAUGAGCCAGAUGAGGAUGAAGCAGACGAGGAGGAGCCAUUGGCCCCGGGAGAUUACGGUCCGUUGGGCGACCUUGCUUUGGCCGUCCCCCUCAUGAUCACCAAUAUCAGCAACUUGACAGGUUUGCUCUCGGGCAAAAAUGCCCCACCCGAUGAAAAUAUCACACUCCACUUCGGGAACAUCCAAAGUGACCUGGUGGUGCUGUAUGACAAGGUUAGUGGGUUCUUCACGGCGCUCCACGCGGCCAUGCCAGGCCAGGAUGGCCCGCUAUAUUGUCCUCGAAACUCUCUGCCACAUAUCCGGGAGUGCGCAGUCAUCGCAAGCUGUCUCCUUCAAGAUGCAGUACCGGACAGUUUCGAUAUGGCCAUGUACGCUUCCUACCUCGAGAUGUUGGACAGGUUUGUAGAACAGACCUGGCCGAUUUUGGAGAGGGAGCUCCUGAUUGAGCGACCCGGGGCUCAUAUGCAUCUCCCGGCACAGGUGCCUGAGAAAUACAUGUGCGACGAUUUUGGCACCGUAGAGACUUACGAGGCAAGCUUGCUUCAAGAGGACUUGUCGUCCACCAUGGCCAUGUCAGCGGCCAUGGCGCGCGCCACAGACCUCACACACAGGCUCCUGGAUGAGUAUGUUGCCAAUGCUUCCAUGGAUUCUAUGGUGGAAGAAAUGCAGAUCGCAUGGAAGCCAAUCUGCCAGAAGCUUGCUUGCGACCACGAGAACUUCUGGGACAUCCAUUUCGUUUCACAUUUGCAGACCAUGGCCCUCACAGAGACGAACGCUGCUAGCACCUUGCGGCGCGAGGUCCGAAAACGUCUGAGGCUGGAGCGCCGAGUCAAGAGCUUCAUGGCGCAACACCGCGAGCGCUUCGGCCACAUGCUGGCGUACCAAUCGCAUGGGCGUGCCAGCCGCUUCUUUGACUACGACAGGAAGUCCAAGUCUUCAGUGGAGACCUGGAAGCGCUACGGGCAGAAAGGAAAAGAUGCCAUGAUGGAGUUCGUGAUGCCCUACACCACCGCGCUUGCUCGGAUCAACGAGACCCGCGCCACCCUGUGCUUUGACCAGGUGGAGUAUCGGAAGUUCCAAGAAGAAGAAGACCAAAUUGAAAGAACCCGCGCGAUGCGAGGCGAUCCCCAGGUCGCUCCAGUGGCCAGAGCUUUGCUGACCGCCCGGGAGUCGUCCGUCCAGUAUCAGCAAGACAUGGAGGAGCUCAUUGCCGACGCGGAGGACGAGCAGGUGGCGCGAGGUGGGAAAGGCUUUUUCAAAAAGGUCGGCAAAGCGGUCAAGAAAGCCGCCAAAACGGUUGUCAAGGCCGUAAAGACAGUGGGCAAGUUCUUGCUGACACUGUUCGCUUGCAUCGGUGACUUGUUCGAGUUUGUCACCACCGGUUAUGCCAAAGACAUCGUCCCCGGGAACAUCGCCUUUGGGGCUGGGGUUACCGUAGGCGACAUGGCCACGGGACUUGUCAACCUCAUCAACGGCAAGUCACCGGUGACGUGGAUCUCCAUUGACAUGGGCUUCGCUGUUGGCUUAACCUACAAGGCAGUGUGGGCUGGGUUCGGUGUGGGUGUGGGGGCCAGCUGCAGCGUAUCCGCCUGUGCUGCAUACGUCAGUGUGGGAGUCCUGGGCACCGUCAACUUGCCCAUGUACGCGCCCACCAUCUUCUGCCCUUUCGGCCCCAUGAUUGGUGAUCCAGUCACAGGCUUCGAAUGCACUCAAGUCAUGGGUGGCUCCAUAUCUGCCUUCUGCUGUAAUUUUAAUAUGCUCACAGGCAAGAACGACUGCCGCUAG